AUGGCGGCAUUGUUCAUCGACAAGACGGAAUGCAGAGCAGCAGAGGAAGGGCGUGUGGCCGGAGCUAAGGAUGGAGGUUUUGAUGAGCGUAGUGUUCUUCUUCGGGUGCUGGAAGCCAAGGACGGUGCUGUUGUUGACAUCGAUGAGGUUGGCGAUGAAGGUGGGGUUGUAGGCGAAGAGGAUCUUCUUGUUAGGAUUCAUGGCGGAGACGAUGAUAUCAAAGCGGGAGUUCAGGGUGUUGGAGGACGAGGUGAGGUUCAGGUAAGAGAGUUUCAGGGACGUGACGAUGAAGGUGGGGUGGUGGGGGCGAUAGGGGUCCCUAUUGUGUGGUCCAUCAGGUCCCUCAGGGAGACCUCCAAGAUCGACAGGAAGGCGGGGAGGAACCUAGCCAAGUUGACCCUCUUCAUGCAAUUCUACAUUAUUGUCACUGGGUACUUGUACUUCACCCACAUUGUGGUCUUUGCGUUGAAGACCAUUGCCACUUACAAAUACCAAUGGGUUAGUAAUCUCACUGAGGAGGUUGCUAGUCUCGCGUUUUAUGUUGUCAUGUUCUAUAUGUUUAGGCAUGUGGAAAAGAAUGGGUACUUUGUGCUUGACGAGAAGGAAGAAGAGGUCGUCGAGAUUGCAGUUAGGGAUGAAGAAUUUGAGCUUUAA